AUCACAUCCUGUGUAGCUGUAAACACUGGACUAAGGAAGGACUGGUGACUUUCAAAAGAUAAAGACAAGUAAGAAAUUCUGAAAGGUCUGUAUAGGAACCCAGAGUUAAAACUUGCUGGAAGCUUUGGAGAGCUUAGCUGGAACCAACGGGCUGAUCCUUGGGCACAGCCUUGGCAGCACCAUCAUGAUGUCACAACCCAAGACCAAUGAGACCUUCAUAGCUCUCACACCAAAUGGCAUCAGCUUCCUCCAAACAGAGGAUCCCAAACUUACCAACAAGAGGCAGGACAGCCUGAAGAAACAUCUAAAGGCAGAGGUCAAAGUUCUCGGGACUAUCCAGAUCCUGUGUGGGAUGAUGGUGUUGAGUUUGGGAAUUAUUUUGGCAUCGGCUUCCUUCUCUCAGCAUUUUACCCAAGCGUUUUCUAUUCUGUUGAAGGCUGCUUACCCAUUCAUAGGAGCCUUGUGUUUUGUCAUCUCUGGAUCUCUAUCAAUCAUCACAGAGAAAAAGUCCACUAAGCCUUUGGUUCAGAGCAGCCUAGCUGCAAACAUUCUGAGCUCUCUAUCAGCUCUGGUGGGUUUCAUCCUCCUUUCUGUCAUACUGGCUUCUUUGGGUCCUGCCUUUUGGACGUGUGUCUUGGACAAACAGCAUAUACCAACUGAACGGGAUUAUUCUUACUAUCAUAGCUUAUAUGAAAAUAAUGACUGCCUCAAGGCCAAAACUAUUCUGGCUGGAACCAUGUCUAUAAUGCUGAUUUGUACAGUGCUAGAAUUCUGCCUAGCUGUGCUCGCUGCUGUGGUUUGGUGGAAGCAGGCUCACUCUGACUUCCCUGGGGCAGGAACACUGUCUACUACAGCCACUAGUUUCCUUACAGUCUUGACUUGGUGAAGGGCAUUCGCAAAUGUGAUUGGAUUCGAUAAAUAUCCUAUUCUCUGAUUUUUCCUUCUUGUGAUCUUAAAUUUUUUUUACUCUUAAAAAACACUUUCAAAAAUGUUGACUAAAAGUCCAUGAGACACCACCUUACCAGCAUCAUGGACUCAUGUCUUCAAAAAUUAAAAAGUUUUGAUUUAUCCAAAAUUUUAUUAGAGUUAGCAGACUGAAUACAAGGCUAAUAAAUAGUAAUUAUUUAAAGAACUUAAUGACAUAUAAUACUCAUCUUGGAAUAGCUAAGAGUUCCAAGUAUGAGGUUUGGUGGAAAUGGCAUCAAGAUAUAUAUGGUUGAACCUGAGUGAUGUCUGAAGAACUGACAUAUUUUGUUUCUUCUAGAGUGUGCUCUUCCUGCCUCAGAGUUAUAAGGAUAAAUCCAGCAUGCCCCCAAGAGCACCUUCUGACUCUGGAUAUGAAGAAUUAAUGACUUUUUAGGGAAAAAAGGAAAAUAUCCAUCGGAAAUUUGGUUUUAUGAUGAUAUAUGGAAACCACCCAAAGAGACUCAACUUAAGAAAGCAAAGUUUGAGUUCCCUGAAACGUAGGCUUUUAUAUAAUGAACAUUAAAAAAAAUCAACCAAUA